UGCUGAAUGAGUGUUUACUGUGUUGUUUGCUGACUGGAUUUCCAGAUUUGCGCAGGGGAGGGGUCAGCAGGUCAGAUGAGCGUUCAGCCUUAUUUUUUCUUCUGGGGCACAGGCCAUCAUGUGAAAGCAAUGGACGAUGAGACUGAAAAGAGAGCCCGAGUUCUGUGGGAUUACCUGUGUCUCCGGCGGCCGUUAGAAAAAAGUGAUGUGAUCAUCGGUUUGGGCUGCCAUGACCUGCGGGUGGCAGAGAGGUCAGCUCAGCUUUUCCUGGAUGGGUGGGCCCCUUACCUGCUCUUCACUGGUUACCUGGGAAAACAAACCACAGGUGUGUGGACCCGCCCAGAGGCUGAGGUGUUUCGGGAUGUAGCUUUGGCCAUGGGGGUCCCUGAGGACAGGAUCCUGCUAGAGACAGCAGCUACGAACACGGGGGAAAACAUACACUUUUCCUAUCAAACUCUCAGAGAAAACGGAAUACCAGUGAAGAGGCUGAUCCUGGUGCAGCAGCCCUUUAUGGAGAGGAGAGUUGAGGCCACUUUCCUUCAGCAGUGGCCCGGACCCUUGGAGGACACACACUGCAUCAUCACCUCACCACUUAUAGACAUGAGUUCAUAUCCCAACCCUGCUGUGGGCACCAUGAAGCAGCUAAUCAGCAAUAUGCUAGGUGCUGUUGAGCGGAUCCGGGAUUACCCCAACAAAGGUUUUCAGGUGAAGCAGGAAAUUCCUCCAGAAGUUUUGAAGGCCUACUACUGGCUCUUGCACGCUGGAUUCAGCCCUCAGUGACUCAACGCAACCACUCAAGCUAAAGUGCAGACAUAAAGUUCAUAAAGUAGUAACAGUGUGUGUCUGUUAAUGCUGUGGGUUUUGUUAUCCAUGCUAUCACUUCCUUAUUCAUCUUUGCAGCUUUGAUUCAAGCAAACUGCAUGAGCUGAAUGAGUUCAGGUGUGUUAAAACAAGUAGAAGCACCCCACAACCUCACCCUUUAUAGCUCUAAGAUUUCACACUUUUAAUUUGUCAACUAUAACCCCAAAAUCCAAAAAAGUAAUGUGUAAUGUGACCUGUAUUAUAUUGAAAGCAAUACAAGAGCACAUUAUAUGAUGUUUUACCUCAUUAAUUUAUUUGUGUAUUUAAAAUAAACACAUUUCAAGUUUAUUUCUUGCAACAUAUUUCAAAAACAGUUGGGGCAGUAAAGCAUUUAUCACUUUUUAAACCCUUUUCACAAAACGUAAAUGAUGUUUAGGGACUGUUUCGGGACACCAAGUGAUGACGUGUAUUUCUCCCAUUCUUUCUGCAAAAAAGUUUUAAAGCACUCAACAGUAUGAAGGUCAUCAUUGUCGCGUUUUGCAUUUCAUCUAAAGCCAUCUUGUCUGAGUCUUUGGUGGUCAAGUCAAAUUCAAGUUGCAUAUCUUUUUUUACUUCGUCAAAUCAAAUCAAUUGAAUUCGUGGCUCAAGUCCAAAUCAAGUCAACCCACAACUCUACACUCAUUCCAUUGAGAAGUGUGUUAAAGCUGCACUGUGUAAGAUUUGGAGGGAUUUGGAGACCUCUCUGGUGGAAAUGUGU